UGCUUCCAGACGAGCGAGGAGACUUGUGGUCUGGUUCUUGGACUUGCCUAACAGCAUGGCCCCUAAACGCCAGUCUCCAUUCCCGCUUCAAAAGAAGAAACCAAGACCACCUCCUGCUCUGGGACUGGAGGAGACAUCGGCCUCUGCAGGCUUGCCGAAGAAGGGAGAAGAAGAACAGCAAGAAGCAAUUGAACACAUUGAUGAAGUACAAAAUGAAACAGACAGACUUAAGGAACAAGACAGUGAGGAGAUUUUGAAAGUAGAACAGAAAUAUAACAAACUCUGCCAACCAUUUUUUCAGAAGAGGUCAGAAUUGAUCGCCAAAAUCCCAAAUUUUGGGAUAACAACAUUUGUCAACCAUCAACAAGUGUCUGCACUGCUUGGGGAGGAGGACAAAGAGGCACUGCAUUAUUUGACCAAAGUUGAAGUGACAGAAUUUGAAGAUAUUAAAUCAGGUUACAGAAUAGAUUUUUAUUUUGAUGAAAAUCCUUACUUUGAAAAUAAAGUUUUCUCCAAAGAAUUUCAUCUGAAUGAGAGUGGUGAUCCACCUUCAAAGUCCACCGAAAUCAAAUGGAAAUCUGGAAAGGAUUUGACGAAACGUUCAAGUCAAACGCAGAAUAAAGCCAACAGGAAGAGGCAGCAUGAGGAACCAGAGAGCUUCUUUACCCGGUUUACUGAUCAUUCUGAUGCAGGUGCUGAUGAGUUAGAAGAGGUCAUCAAAGAUGAUAUUUGGCCAAACCCAUUACAGUAUUACUUGGUUCCUGAUAUGGAUGAUGAAGAAGAAGGAGAAGAUGAUGAUGAUGAUGAUGAUGAUGAUGAUGAUGAUGAUGAAGGGGAGGAAGAAUUAGAAGAUAUUGAUGAAGGGGAUGAGGAUGAAGGUGAAGAAGAUGAAUAUGAUGAUGAAGGGGAGGAAGGAGAGGAGGAUAAAGGAGAAGAUGACUAAUAGAACACUGAUGGACUCCAACCUUCCUUUUUUAAAAUUGUCUCCAGCCCUGGGAGCAAGUUGCAGUCUUUUUUUUUUUUCCUCUUGUGCUCAGUCACCCUGUUCUUAAGCUCUCUUUUCUCUACCCCAUGGUUCUCAACUUAUUUGGGGGGAAAUACCUUGAGCAGAAUACAAUGGGAAAAGAGUCUCUACCCCUUUCUGUUCAAAGUUCAUUUUUAUCCCUUCCUGUCUGAACAAAAACUGUAUGCAAUCAACACCACCGAGCUCUGUGGGGAAAAAGAAAAACCUGCUCCCUUCGCUGUGCUGGAAGCUGGAGGAUGCUAGGCCCCUGUGUAGUAGUGCAUAGAAUUCUAGCUUUUUUCCUCCUUUCUCUGUAUAUUGGGCUCAGAGAGUACACUGUGUCUCUAUAUAGGUCAAAGGGACAAUAUGGACAGUUAGCAUUUACCAACAUGUAUCUGUCUACUUUCUCUUGUUUAAAAAAAGAAAAAAAAACUUUAAAAAAUGGGGUUAUAGAAGGUCAGCAAAGGGUGGAUUUGAGAUGUUUGGGUGGGUUAAGUGGGCAUUUUGACAACAUGGCUUCUUCUUUGGCAUGUUUAAUUGUGAUAUUUGACAGACAUCCUUGUAGUUUAAGAUGACACUUUUAAAAUAAAUUCCCUCCUAAUGAUGACUUGAGCC